UCUUGUUCCCCGCCAUUCUGUUUCGACGCCGCUAGUCGUCCGUUGUGUCUUGUAUCAACUGAUCGUACUACGCUCGCUGUCGCCGCACUGUGUGUACGACCGAUUACGACCGGAAUGUUUGUGGCGUCCACUGAGUGCUAACUUAACAGUGAUAGUGCUACAUACAUAUAAAUCUGCGUAGAUUAUUGAAGGUUAUCGCGUUUAAUUCAGAGAAUGAUGGCACCCGAGACAGUAGUAACUGUGGACCAUAACAAACCUGCUGCGGCACCUCCUCCACAAGGCGGUGCACUCGACUGGAUUAAAAUCAACGUCGACUACUUCAAAACCCCACCUGGCUUGCUCAAAAUAAUUCAGUUGAUUCUCGGCAUACUAUGUAUGGGGUUAGGCUCUCCGUGGUACUCGACGUGGUUCGUCUUCGUCGCAGUCACCAGCUUCAUCACAACCCUCAUGUGGAGUUUCGUAUACUUACUCAGCAUCAGGGAGGCUCUUAAGCUGCCCAUUAAUUGGGUUCUUUCUGAAUUAAUUAGUACAGCACUGGAGACAGUAAUGUAUCUGUUGGCGUUCAUAGUUCUGUUUGCUGCGACGGGAACUUAUUACGGACCAAGAUACGGAAGCAAUGUUGCAGCUGCCGUUUUUGGUAUCUUUAACACCAUUGCAUACGGAGCCAGCUCGUUCCUGCUGUUUAGAGAACACAAGGCCUCCUCCACGGCGACACAAGCAGCGUGAAGAACAUCUAUAGCGUCUAGUUACGUUUUAUUUCACACAAAGAAUGUUAAAAUUUAAAAGCAAAACUUAAACUGCAAAUUGUAAUUACAAAUUUCAAUUAUCGAAAUAUCAUUUAUGAAAUCAUCACACGUUCAAUUGAAAUACUGAUAUUUAUCGUAGGUAAUUAAUUGAUGCACUCUUACACAUUUCCUUCUUACUACAUAGUGUAAAACAAUGUCGCUUUCUCUGUCCCUAUAUCUGUCUGUCCCUAUGUAUGCUUAAAUCUUUAAAACUACGCAACGCAUUUUGAUGUGAUUUUUUUUAAUAGAUAGAGUGAUUCAAGAG